CACACGCAAACACAAACACACGCACACACAACCGUUAGCCGCUCUUUCUAACCGCUCACUACACCAUAAUAAUAACGCCAAAAAUGGGGGGACAUAUUCGCUACCGCGCACGGGACCUCAACGUCCACCGUCGCCGACAUCUCGCCGUCCGGAAUCCGGCCAUCGUCACAAAGACAAUCUUCUUCGACCCGGCACGGACCGAGAGGAUCACUGGGUUUUCGACGCUGCCGCCGGCCGAGGAGGAGAAUACUGCGACGCAGGUCGAGGAGGACACUGCGACGUCGGUUGAGGAGGAGCAGCCAAGGACUACACAGGAGGUGGUGGACGAGCUGACGAGCACCCGGACUUCCACGAAAGCAAAGGCUACGACGACAUCGGCGAGUGAUAGAGAGGAGAUCACAUCGGCUUCGACAAGAAACAGCGCGAGUCCGAGCGCAUCGCGCUCUGUUGGUGCUGCUAAUCUGUACGCUUCGUCAAGUGCGACCGGCACGCACAGCGGUUCGGCCGCCUCGUCGACCGCUUCGCUUGCCGCUGCCAGCAACUCGGCAACAACAAGCGGAAUGUCGACUGGCGCAACCGCUGGUCUGGCUGGUGCUGGUGUAGCAAUCUUAGUCAUCGUUGGCUUUGUCGCAUUUUUCUUCUACCGAAGAAAGUCGAAGCAGAAGAAACAGCUGGCGUAUGGAAACAUUGAGGAUGAAAAGGCUGCUGCGGCUGGAGGUGCUGGCGGAGAGAAGAACUCCCCCUACGGAACUCCUGUCCCCUUCGUGGCCGUUUCACAGUACGACGAGAGGAGUAUCGCACCUAGCAUAACGUCCGAACGUGCGCCUCGCACUCUCGGUGUUCCUGCUGCGAGUGCACCUAGUGCUACCACGGGCGUUACUGAUACUGCCACUGGUGCCAACAUGGGUGGUGCUCUCGGAGCUGCCGCUGCCACCGGUGUAGUUGCUGCUGCUGCUGGAGGAGCUUUUGUCGCCGCCAACCAGCAAGCAGACCAGUCCCAGCAAACCCGACAGACGCAUCUGGUUCGCACACUGUCUCGCAAGGAGCCUCCCCCAGCGUUGGUACUCAACAACGAGCCCCUGCCCCAGGCCGAGGAUUCCAACGGUGUGAGCCCGCUUCUCCCUCCUGGAGAACAGCGAUCUUCUUCGCCGACCCCGUCCGGAUUCACUGACUCGUCUAUCGGCGUUUCGCCUUUUGCUGGUUCGCCGGCUGGCUCUCCCUCUCCCAGCGCUGGAGGUAAUCCAUCGAACGGACCUGUCCACCGAGUGCAGAUGUCGUUUGCUCCCACUAUGGGAGACGAGUUGGAGCUUCGUGAAGGUCAGCUCGUCCGUAUCAUUCACGAGUACGACGAUGGAUGGGCGCUGUGUAGCCGCCUGGACCGCAGCCAGCAGGGUGUUUGCCCCAGAACCUGUCUGUCCCAGAACCCCCUCAAGCCUCGCCCACCCCCAGGAAGUGCCGGCCCCCGUGGUCCUCCUCCUGCUCCUCGUGCUGGCCCCGGACCCCAGCAAGGCCCCGGACCCCAGCAAGGCCCCGGACCCCAGCAAGGCCCCGGACCCCAGCAAGGCCCCGGACCCCAUGGAUUCCCUUCCCCUGGCGGACACAGCUCUCCAGGACCCGUCAACUUCCCGCCUCCUGCAGGAAGGCAGUCGCCGCGCCCUCAGAGUCCCGUCUCGCGCCCUCAUAGCCCGGUUGUCUCGCGCCCUCAUAGCCCGGUUGUCUCGCGUCCCCACAGCCCGGUUGUCUCGCGUCCCCAGAGCCCUGCCAUCCGCUCGCAGCCCCAGAGCCCUGUCAGGACCGUCGGCUACCAGAAGCCCCAGUACGUUCCAGCCAGUGCCAGUCGCCCGCAGUCCCCGGUUACCUCGGUGCCCAGCUCUCCGACGACGCCAACCAUCGUCAUCUCUCCGUCGUUCUCGAGGCCCACGUCUCCGAGCAACCAGAGCCCCACGAGCCCCACUGUCGCGCCCAGACCCGCGGUCGCGCCGAUCCAUCCAUCGCCCCUGUCGAUCCAGACGAGCACCAGCGAUGUCGAGGGAGAGCCCCAGACUCAGCCACCAGUGACCUCCUCCUCCUCCUCCUCUCCUCCGGUGUUCCACGCCAUGUGA